AAAUAAGCCGCUAAAUUUUACUUGUAAAUUUUUAAUUAAUUAUAAAUGACAAAAAAUUUAAUAUUUUGAUUUUUAAAAAUAUAAUUUUUUACUUGUUUGAUUCGUUAAUUUUAUUGGGUGUAGUGCUUCUUAUUGUCUACGCUUGUGAUCACAUUUCUGAAGACUUAAAAAAAUCAUUGUUGAUGUUUAUUUAAUAUUAAAGAAAUCAGAAUAUAGAAUAUUUAAAAUAUUAAAAUGUCAGACGAGGAAGUUAUACGACGUAGGUUACUCAUUGAUGGUGAUGGAACAGGUGAUGAUCGAAGAAUAAAUGUAUUAUUUAAAUCAUUUAUUAAAUGGGCCAACAGUCCUGAUGUUGAUAAUACAGUACAUGAGAGAAUUUUAUCUCAACUUGCACAAUGUGAAUUCGCUCAAAAAAAAUCACGACUCGUAUCAACGAUGAGUCAAGAGGAGCUCCAAAGUUAUGAACAAUUAUCUCAACAAAUUGAAGUAGAAAUAGAAGAGGCUAAGAAAGAAAUAGAAACAACAAAAAUUGAAUUACAAGAUGCAAAGCAAAUUAGGAAAAAUAGAAUUGAAUAUGAUGUUCUAGCUAAAGUAAUAAAUCAACAGCCUGAUAGAAAAGAAACUAAUAUGAAAUUGGAAGCAUUGAAACAAGAACUUGGUUUCUUGAAAGAAAAAUCAGAACAAUUAGAAUAUAAACUAGAAAUGCGUCGAAAACAAUUCCAUGUUUUAUUAUCUUCAAUUCAUUCUUUACAAGCAAUGUUAGAUGAAUCUGAUGAAGAAAUUAUGAAUGUUAGUCUCGAAAACUAUGAAGAUGCUGAAAUGCCAUCACCAAAAACUGCUGCCUAUGAGAGUAGUUCAAUAGCUUAUUUUUAUUAUCAAAAACAUAACAAAAUGAGCCUGAAAUAUACAACUGAAGUGCCUGAAGGUUUAAAAUCCUUCGAAAUAGUUACAAGUGAUGAGAGUGUUACAAGUAAAAUUUUAUCAAUAACAUCAGUCUGUAGAGAUUGUCUAUCUGAAAAUAAUUUAUCUGAAAAUAAUAAAAAACAAACAAAUAAUUCUGUCGAACUUGUUGCAAACGAUCAGAGUAUACCAGAUUUUUCAGAACAAUAUGACGACGAAGUGUUUGAUAUUUUUACAAACAAGCAAUCUAUUGUUUGUUCUAGGAGUACUCAAACGAUAGAAAGUAGCUGUAGAAAAAUGUCAAAUAUUUUAUUUAUGAAUGAAUUAAAUCAUCCAGCAACUAUUUUAAAUACAUCGUAUAUUCGUCGAAUAAUAACACCGAAUCAACAUAAUCAAGAAUUGAUAUUAAGUAAAACACAAUUAUGUAAUAUACAUAGGAAUUAUCAAAAAUUAAAAUCUCGUUUCCACAAACUACAUGCUGAUUAUCAAAAAUUAAUUGGCAUCACUGGAAUUCUCACAACUUCACUCCAAAAGUCAGCUACUGGAGAACCUGUUAAUUUACAUGAAACGUUGAAUACUUGUAUGAAUAUUUAUCCAGAUAUCUUCCAUUCAAAUAUGCAUGAUUGUAAAGCCACUUUUAUGGAUCAAAACACUGAGAUGAAUUUUAUACAAAAAAGUCUCCAUAUAUCUAUGUUGAAUACUGUACCAAUCUCACCAAAAUUUUUGGACUACAAUAAAAUUAAAUUACAUCUUUUACGUGGAAAUGUUCAAACCAAGUUAUUGCUGCUACAAGCAUUACGUUGGAAAAUUACUCUAAGUCAGCCAGAAGAACGUGAUGAGACGGUAAAUGAAUACAUAAAAAAUGAUUUACUUGGUCUUCAUACACAAGUAUCCACUGAAUGUGACAAUAAGUCUAUACUUCCAUCUUUAUUAAUAUCAAUGGAUACUUUUAUUCCUUAUACUCUUCCACAAUCAACUGCUAGAUUAUUAAAUACAUUCGCAUCAUUGAAAUAUGGACGUGAUUAUCUUUCUAUGGGUCCUGGUGUAUUAAACAUAAUAAUCCAAUGUUUAGAUAAUACUCGUAUAAAAUCAAUAGAUGCAUUUACAUUUGAUAUGAUAAUCGCAACACUACAGAAACUUUCUUUACGGAGGCGUCAGCGGUUAUACAUGAUUUCAGCUGGUUUAGUAGAAUGGUUGGUUUACCAUUUGAAAGCAGAAUAUCCAAUAAUGGGCACAUACAGAUUGGAAUAUGCUACUGCGCUUUUAAUGAAUUUAUCACUUCAGAAAGAAGCACAGAUAAGAGCUGCUUCGAUGGCAACGAUACUUCUAUCGACACUCACCAUGCUACUAUCAUCAGAACACUUACCUGUUUUGCCCUAUGUAAAUGGUGCUCUCAAUAAUUUCCUGGCAAAUAGUGAUAUUAAUGAAGAGGCUAAAAUCAUUGGUUUAGAAGCUAUUUUGGAAUAUUACCGACAAAAUCGUUCAGGAGAAUUGAGAAAACAUUUAGAUCAUAUUCUUAUGAGACAUCGACGAAAAAGCAAUGAAAUGAUAGAUGAAGAUGUCCGUGAUGAUGAUGAUAGAGAAGAAUUAGAUAUUCUAGAAGACGAAUUAGAUGAGAUGGAUCCAGUUAAAGUUGAACCUGGAGAAUUAUUCGGGGAACCAUUACUCACAUCAUGUUAUUCUGUAGCUUUGAAAGUUUUACCAAGUGAUAGGUUUACACACAAUAGCUUCUCCUUACCUGAAAGAGGAAUAUCACCAAGAUUGACACCUGUAAACAGUAAUAGUAAAUUUGAAAAUCCGAUUAAGUUAAAGUUAUUAUCAUCUGGAAAAAAACAACAUAAUUCAACAUCUACUAAUUUUGAUAGUUUAGAAGACAAAACUUUUGUCAAGCUUGAUUCAUUUCCAAUAAGAAAUUUUGAUAAUGACACAUAUAGUUCGGUAAAAAAAUUUCAUGUUACACCUGAUGAAUCACAUCAAUUGGUUACUCUCAAUCAAGAUGUUGAAGAGAAAGUUAAUUUAUAUGAGACAAUACCUGCGACAGAAGCAGCAUUAUUUUUUAGUAAAAAUAAAGAACUGAAAAAUUGUCAACAUCAUUCAAGCCAAUCGAAAAAUACAAGCGAAAGUCCUCCAUUGCAUUAUCGUUAUUUAGAUUUUGAUAAGAAAGAAAGCAGCUUUAUUAUAGAGAGUAUAAACACUGGGUCUUUGUCUGCUGAAAAAGUAUUGGAAAAGUUUGAAAUCGCUGAUAAUCAAAAGGACGAAAUAGCACAUUCUCAUACUAAUGGCUCGAAUAUUGCUCAUGAAUUCAUAAAAGAGGAAGAAGAGGUUGACGCUUUUGCUUCAAAACCAAAAAUAUCGAGAACGCCACCACAUAGUGUGUCAAUUUCAUAA